AGUGCGCGCGGCGGGCGGACGUAGUUUCGCUGCGGGGGCGGGGCCUAGCGGGGCCCGAGGAUCCUUGCGCACCCUGCUCCGCCUCCUCCCCGUGCCGGGAGGGGGCGCCGGGCGCGCCUGCGCUUUGGCUGCCUAUCGGUUGCUGGGUAACCGCGUCAGGGAGGAGCCGACGCUGUUCUACAAGGGCGCGGGGACCCACAAACGACAGCUGUCCCUGAAGAACCCUGGUAACCGGGAACUGAAGUGGAAGACAGCCUGCGUUUCUCGUGUGUGGUCAAGAAGGCGAAAAUUCUCCCCAGGAGAGGGAGCGUUUUGCAGGUUUUUUUCAGGGUUUGAGGUGCUUUCUAAUUUUUUUGCAGCAAUGCCCCAGAAACAGACUCGUAAGCAGAGUAUCAGUGCGACCAGAGGAGCCAGGAAAAGAGAUGAAGAUUCAGGGACUGACGUGGGAGACGGAACUGAUGAAUGGUCCCAAUCCAGAGCCACAGUUCGACCUCCUGACCAGCUGGAGUUGACUGAUGCAGAGUUAAAGGAGGAGUUCACUCGCAUCCUGACAGCCAACAACCCACAUGCACCCCAGAAUAUUGUCAGGUACAGCUUCAAAGAAGGCACAUAUAAAGCUAUUGGUUUUGUGAACCAAAUGGCCGUUCACUUCAGCCAGGUGGGGAACCUGAUUCCCAAAGACUCAGAUGAAGGACGGCGACAGCACUACCGAGCUGAGCUGGCGGCAGGGUCACAGGAGUCUGCUAAGGUGGUGACUUCAGAAACAGAAGUCCUUGAAGAGGAAGAAGAACCCAAAGAGGCAGAGACUGAAGCUGGCAGUCAAACAGAUGUGCCUGCUGCAGCUGAGACGACUGAAAAGGCGGUUGAAGAAGAGCUGAUGGCACCUGUGCAGCCCAAGGAGCGGAAACUCACCAACCAGUUUAACUUCAGCGAGAGAGCGUCACAGACCUUCAACAACCCCCUCCGGGAUCGGGAAUGUCAGAUGGAGCCUCCACCGAGAACAAACUUUUCAGCCACAGCCAAUCAGUGGGAAAUCUAUGAUGCCUAUGUAGAUGAGCUUGAGAAACUGGAAAAGACCAAAGAGAAGGAGAAGACCAAGACUCCAGUGGCUAAGAAAACAGAGAAGAUGGCCCUGAGAAAACUGACGUCUAUGGAGUCCCAGAGUGAUGAUAUCACCAAAGUGACCCAAGCUGCUAAAAUUGUGGAGCGAAUGGUCAACCAAAAUACAUAUGAUGAUGUUGCUCAAGAUUUUAAGUACUAUGAGGAUGCUGCUGAUGAAUACAGGGACCAGGAGGGUACGCUGCUGCCUCUCUGGAAGUUUCAAAAUGACAAAGCCAAGCGCCUGGCCGUCACCGCCCUCUGCUGGAAUCCAAAGUACAAGGAUCUCUUUGCAGUGGGACACGGCUCCUAUGACUUCAUGAAACAGAGCCGGGGCAUGCUGCUGCUCUACAGUAUGAAGAACCCCAGCUUCCCAGAGUACAUCUUCAGCAGUGAGAGCGGCAUCAUGUGUCUGGACAUGCACGUAGACCACCCCUACCUGGUGGUUGUGGGCUACUACGACGGCAACGUGGCCAUUUACAACCUCAAGAAACCUCAUUCACAGCCCUGCUUCCGUAGCACCUCCAAGUCUGGCAAGCACACGGACCCUGUGUGGCAGGUCAAAUGGCAGAAGGACGACAUGGACCACAACCUUAACUUCUUUUCUGUGUCGUCUGACGGCAGGAUUGUGUCAUGGACCCUCGUAAAGAGUGAGCUGGUUCACAUAGACGUCAUCAAGCUGAAGGUAGAGGGGAGCAGUACCACAGAUAUCCCUGAGGGGUUGCAGCUGCACACUGUAGGCUGUGGCACUGCCUUUGACUUCCACAGGGAGAUCGACUACAUGUUCCUGGUGGGCACAGAGGAGGGGAAAAUCUACAAGGUGAGGCAGCAUGCCGGUCAGCUCCUCACAGGGCCACUUGGACCUAAGCACCCAGGGAGGUGCUCUAAAUCCUACUCCAGCCAAUUCUUGGACACCUAUGAUGCUCACAACAUGGCCGUGGAUGCUGUGAUAUGGAACCCAUUCCACACCAAGGUCUUCAUGUCCUGCAGCUCUGACUGGACCGUGAAGAUCUGGGACCACACCAUCAAGACCCCCAUGUUCAUUUAUGACCUGAACUCAGCCGUGGGUGACGUGGCCUGGGCACCAUACUCUUCCACGGUGUUUGCAGCGGUCACCACAGAUGGGAAGGCCCAUGUGUUUGACUUAGCUGUCAACAAGUAUGAAGCUAUCUGCAACCAGCCUGUGGUGGCCAAGAAGAAGAACAAGAUCACCCACGUGCAGUUCAACCCCAUCCACCCCAUCAUAAUUGUGGGCGAUGACCGUGGACACAUCACCUGUCUCAAGCUCUCUCCCAACCUGCGAAAGAUGCCGAAGGAAAAGAAGGGCCAGGAAGUGCAGAAGGGGCCCGCUGUGGAGAUCGCAAAGCUGGACAAACUGCUAAACGUUGUGAGGGAAGUCAAAACCAAAACCUGAGCGUCUGGCCCGGCCCAGCCUCAGCCCAACGUGUACAGCGCUCUGCCUGGGCACCAGGGUGCCUAAGCACCAAGGAUGUACCCACCCUGACCAAGUCCUACUAUUUGCUUUCCACAUUCUAGUUCUUAUGGUCACAGCACUCUUCUCCAGGACCUGGCUCCCAACCUCCAUUACACUCCCUUUACACAAAUAAACCUGUUUGAAAACUCA